UGCACGCUUCGGUGACCGUCAUCUUGGCUCUUGUAUCCUUAUGUUUCCGCCGUGAAGUUUGGAAUGGAAUAACUUACCUUUUUAACAUAGAAUCAUCCCGAAUAUCAAACCGAUAGAAGGACAAACACUGAGGAGUCAAGAUGUUUGAGAAAAAUCUCACAGAUUUGGUUCGAGGGAUACGAAACAACAAGGAUAAUGAGGCCAAGUAUGUGGCGUCUUGCCUUGACGACAUCAAGACUGAAUUGCGACAGGAAAAUGCAUCCAUCAAAGCAAAUGCUGUUGCUAAACUUGCUUAUCUUGAGAUGCUGGGAUAUGACAUCAGUUGGGCAGCGUUCAACAUCAUUGAGGUUAUGAGUAGUUCCAAGUUCACCUACAAGCGUAUUGGCUACCUGGCAGCGUCCCAGUCAUUCCAUGAGGGACUGGACAUCCUUAUGUUGACAACAAACAUGAUCAGGAAGGACCUUUGUAGCAUGAAUAUGUAUGACUCGGGCGUGGCCUUGGCCGGAUUCUCCUGUUUCGUGACUCCUGACUUGGCUAGAGAUCUUGCUAAUGAUGUAAUGAGUCUGUUGGUCUCUACCAAGCCGUACAUCAGGAAAAGAUCAAUCCUUCUUAUGUACAAGAUUUUUCUGAAGUUUCCAGAGGCUCUCAGGCCAGCGUUCCCAAGAUUGAGAGAGAAACUGGAGGACCCAGAACCAGGUGUGCAGUCAGCAGCUGUGAAUGUGAUCUGUGAGCUUGCACGGAAGAACCCCAAGAACUACCUGUCCCUAGCGCCACUCUUCUUCAAGCUAAUGACCAGCUCAACCAACAACUGGAUGUUGAUUAAGAUUAUUAAGCUGUUUGGGGCCCUGUGUCCUUUGGAGCCACGCCUUGGUAAAAAGCUUCUGGAGCCGCUCACAAACCUGAUUCACAGUACUUCAGCUAUGUCUCUAUUGUAUGAAUGCAUCAACACAGUAAUUUGUGGCUUAUCUGACCACCAGCCAUCCAUUCAACUUUGUGUGUCAAAGCUCCGCCUACUGCUUGAAGAUCCUGACCAGAACUUGAAAUACCUGGCUCUGCUUGCCAUGUCCAAGAUUCUCAAGACGCAUCCAAAAGCAGUUCAAUCUCACAAGGACAUCAUAAUUCACUGCUUGGAUGACAAAGAUGAGUCAAUCAGACUGAGAGCCUUGGACCUGGUUGUGGGAAUGGUGUCGAAGAAAAACAUAAUGGACAUCAUUAAGAAGCUGAUGAUUCACAUUGACAAGGCUGACAGUCAGAAUUACCGUGAUGAGCUGUUGUCCAAGAUCAUCAUGAUCUGUAGUCAGGGUGAUUACCAGUAUGUCACCAACUUUGAGUGGUAUGUGGACGUGUUGAUCCAGCUUACUCGGAUUGAAGGCACCCGCUAUGGCAAGCAGGUUGCUGCACAGAUGAUGGAUGUCACCAUCAGGGUUAAGGCAGUCAGGCCCUAUGCUGUCCAGUGUUUUUCGCUGUUACUGGAUAACAGCCACCUGAUGGGCAGUAAUGUUCAGAAGAAUGGGAUGUGCGAGGUGUUGUAUGCUGUGGCCUGGCUUGCUGGGGAAUUUGCGCAGCAUCUUCCUGACGUGAACGCCAUCAUGGAGUCCUUGCUAAGGCCAAAAGUGACCAGCCUUCCUGGACACAUUCAGGCAGUGUUUGUUCAGUGCAUUGCCAAGCUGUACGCCAGCAUCCUGGUCAAAAUGGAACAGGAGGAGGAUGUUGACGCUGCCAUUGCACUAGGUGAGCGACUUGCUGCACAGCUUCCGAUGUUUGUCCAGAGCUCUGAUCUUGAAGUCCAAGAAAGGGCAAGCUGUAUACUGCAGCUCAUCAAGUACGUACUGAAGCUUCAGGGGAAAGGUGUCCAUUGCGGUGACGAGGUGAACCUGCUCUUUGACGGAGAACUUAACCCUGUAGCAUCCAAGGCUCAAAAGAAAGUGCCUGUUCCCGAAGGCCUUGAUUUAGACAAGUGGAUUAAUGAACCACCCAAAGAAACAUCUGAAGAGGAAGACAAUGCUGAGGAUAUGUUUGCGGGUGUGGAGGAACAGAGUUACAAGACCCAGGUGCGCAAGGAGCAAGAGCCAGAUGAGGAAGAACUUGAAAAGCGCCGUGUGGCCCGUCAAGCAGAGCGAGAGAGCAACCCCCACUACCUCCGGCUUGGUGAGACCACACCCUCCUCAAAGAAGUCCGAGAUCAGCGUUGACGAUAUUCCCGUUGCUAACCUGGACCUGCCUGUGUCACUCAAGAUAUCAGGUUUAUCUGUGGACAAGAAGUACAAGAAGACCAAAAAGAAGAAAAGAAGAAAAGGUCGUCAUGGCAGCAGGGCGGAUGAUAGCGAUGAUAAUGAUGAUGGGUUCGAGCAUCACAAGUAUGAAGUGCUGCCCACAGGGGCCGGCGAGAUGCCCGAGGUAACGCCCGUCACAGGAGGCAAAGGGGAAGAGUCUAGCGGCGAGGAGGAAGACGUGAUUCGGAAAGGUCCUGAAGACCCCCACAAGCUAUUGGACGUGGACCUUGACAAACCCCUAGAUACGAGUGAAGCGCUUCCCGUGCGCACACAUCGCGUAGUGAGCCCUUCCCGCGAAGAUCACCAAGACGAGGCGCAGCCCAGGGAGGAAGAGGAAAAGAAAGUGAAAAAAAGCAAGCGCAGAAAAGACAAGGAGAAGAAGGGAAAACACAAGCAGAAGAAAGACGACAAUGACGAGAAGAGAGAGAGAAGAGAAAAGCGCGAGGCGAGAACAGACAAGGCUCGCAAAACAGCGGAGCCAGACCUGAUGUUGAAUGGCCAGGGGCCGGCACCUCCUGCAGAGCAUGUGUCCCCAGCUGAUGGAGAGCCCGAGGAUUCGAUAGCUACAGCCUCCGUAGAACCCACUGCUGAUACAACUGCCAAGGAUGGUAAAGAGCUUGACGAUAUGGAGUUCUGGCUGAGCACGUCGACAGAAGCCGCGCCCACGGCUACUGAACCAGAGCCGCCUCAAGCGAUACCAGAACCAGAACCCACAGCCAAGAAGUCAAGUAAACACAAGAAAACCGAGAGCGGAGAUCAGAAGAAAAAGACCCGAAAGUCUGAUAAGACAGAAAAAAAGCACAAGAAACGGCAUCGCCAGACUCAGGAAGAGGAACCGGAAGUUGAGCAUGCGGAACCUAAGCCUGACGCAGCGGCUGAUCUGUCAAUCAUGGACGAUGAAAGGACAGCGCCUAUGCCCGCCAUUUCGACUUACAAGGUCCUUGCAGAGAACAACUCCCUCAAACUGACGUACGAGACAAGAGUAUCACCACAGAAUAGAAACCAAGUCGUCGUAUCCAUUAUCUUUUGCAACCAGACCGACCUCCAUGUCAAAUCCAUAGAGUUCAACGUACUCGACUCGCUCAACACCAAGCUCAUCAGACCAAUUGGAUACUCGUCGCGGGAUAGUGUUCCCGUGCCCUUCCAGCUCCCACCAGGGUCGUCCAAUGAGGGUCAGUUCGCCUUUACCGUGGAAAGUAUUGUCAUGGCGCAACGGCUUCGUGGCACACUGACAUAUAUGAUAAAGGAUGCCGAUGGUUCCACGAGCGAAAAGAUGGACUUCUCCAUCAUCUUACCCUGCUCUGCAUUCCUCGUUGCAUCACCGCUUUCAAGCUCCGAUUUCGCUAGUCUUCUCGGAAGUGGGUCGCUGACGAAUAAGGCAUCCACCAAGUUCAAGACGUCAGAAGAAGUUGAGCUGGCAACGGCGAUAGCCAAGAUCUGCACUCUUCAGCAUUUCGCAGUGGUAGAGCACGUCGAUCACGGGGCGUCUUUGUACUCAACGUCUGUUCAAGGACAUCAUGUCUGCUUACUCGUCAAGGAUCUAGGGAAUCAUGAAGUAUCAAUUGAUGGAAAGUGCACCGACGUGUCCCUGGUGUCUUGCGUACUUGACGAAGCUAGAUCUCUAUUCACCUCUUAGUCUUUUAAUUUGAAUGAUACUUUAGAAAACAAAUAAACCUAGAAAUACCGUGAUAAUUUUUCAUUGGAGUUGGCUGCAAUUGGAUAAGUAGUGUUGGGAAUUUGUCAAUAAAAACGAAAUUGGGAAA